AUCACCGAUACGUCUGGAUGGUCGCCGUACCCGUAUCCGAUACGCCCCGAUACUCCGAUACGUCCCGAUACGCCCCGAUACGCCCCGAUACGCGUAUCGGAUUAAUUCGAUUUAAAAAUAAAUUAUUUAAUUCGCGAUACGCGUCCGAUACUCGGCGAUACGUCCAUCCGAUACGUUGGGCUGUAAUAUCUCAUUUUGAAGCCCAGCUCAAGAUGAAGCCCAUCAAAAUAUCAACACCGGCCCAUCCAAAAACCUAGGUACUAAAACUCCCUCUCUACCUCACUCCGCACACCACAUCCACACACCAGCGCCGCCGCCGUCGCUGGCUACUCUGUGCUCUCUUCUGCGCUGCCGUGCUGCCGUCCGCCCGUCCCAGUCCCUUGCGCCGGCGGCUGGGAGCGAGCGCCGAGCGGCCAAGCACCUCCGCCUGGAUCUGGAUCUACAGCCGGCGCAUCUCAUCAACGGGGAACGUGCUGUUCGGGACGGCCGGGACGAGGAAGGACAGCUCCGCGAGAUCUUCGACGUGCUAGGCUACCCGGACGAGAGGACGUGGCCGUGGUUCUCGUCCACGCCGUUCGCCAUCGAGUGGCUGCCGUUAGACUACAGAUAAUACGUUACAAAGCAUGGCUAGUUCAAGUGCAAGUGGAAGUUCAACUUCUCCUUCUCCAUCACCUAAUCCCAGUGCCCCUACUGGUAGUGCACAAGUUGAUCCCAAUCCUUCUGACGAGAGAUUGCGUAAAACUCCUCUGUGGAGGCAUGUUAAAUUACUUGAAAAGAAUGCUUCUUCUGGAGGAAAUGCAAAAUCUCAGUGCUUGUAUUGUGAUCACAUUAUUCCUGGGAGUUACUUUAGAGUAAGAGCACAUCUCAUGAGGGAACCUGGUAAAGGCACAUCAAUUUGUGGUGCUGCCACACCAGAGAUGGUGGACCAGUUCCGCAAAGAAGAAGAAGCAGCACGAGUUAGUGCUGAUGGAAGCUCAAGGAGGAGUGUUCCCAUGCCAGUGCAGCUCUCUGCCUUAGCAUCAUCCUCUGGAUUGUUGCCGCCAACAGGAUCUAAGGCAUCAUCAAAGAAGAAAAAACAAUCUGGUAUUUUGGAGAGUUUCCACAUUGAACUCCGACAAAUGGCUGAUGCAAUUAUUGCAAGAAUGUUCUACACAGGAGGCGUUCCUUUCAACUUGGCAAGAAACCCAAACUAUCGGGCUGCAUUCAACUUUGUGGCAACACAUGAAAUGGGUGGGUAUACCCCUCCUGGAAUCAACAAGUUGAGAACAACUCUCCUGCAACAAGAGAAGACUAAUGUGGAGAAGCUGCUUGAACCCAUCAAGAGCACCUGGUCCACAAAAGGGGUGACAAUUGCAGCUGAUGGUUGGACUGAUUCUCAGAGAAGGCCCCUUUUGAACUUCAUUGCUGUGACAGAGAGCGGUCCAAUGUUCUUGAAAUGUGAAAACACUGAAGGAAAGGCAAAGACCAAGGAGUACAUUUCUGCCCUCUUGAUUGAGGUUAUUGAAAUGUGUAGUGAUGAGUAUCUCACAGGGCCAACACAAAUGUGGGAUGUUGGGGGAGAUGGCUUUGAGACAUUUGAUGGUGUCGGUAUUCUUCAAGCUGCUAAUCUCACUUUGGAUGAGCCGGAGUUUGAGGUUAUGAUUGCAGAAGAUGAUUGA